UUUAAUCAUGACUUAAAUUAAUUGUAUUUCAACUAUAGUUUGUUUAUAAACUAAUUGUAAAGCAAUUAAAAAGUGCUAAAAACAAAGGCGAUUGAAAGAGAGGCCCAAUAAUGUACAGCACAUACACUAAUCACUGCAUACCUGUCCUCGUGUUGACCGCCGUUUUGUUGGCCACAAAUGUGAGUGGUAACCUCUGGUGCUAUAAGUGUGUGUCUUCAGAGCCCGGAUGUACUGUAGAUGCAGUCAAUUGGUUCAUUCAUUCGGCCAUCACUUGUCCCCGAAGUGACGAUAAAUGCGUUAAAAUAAUCGACAGAAAAGGAUCGGAUCUAUUGAUAACUCGCGAUUGUCUGUCAAACAUAAUACCGUUCCGACGGGACAUUCCGGCCGACCGUUUCGAGGGCUGCCGACCGGCGGCCACACAACCAAAACUAGCCGUUUAUGUGGACAAUAGUGUCCGCGAAUUGGAUCUGAAGAAGGAUUACUUCUCGGACACCACUUACUGUUUCUGCGAGUUUGACGAGUGGUGUAACCAUUCAUUGAAAAUGCAAUCAAAUUAUCUCAUUAUCUUCACGAUUGCCUUAUUAUCACUGAUUUUGUUUCAUUAAGACAUUAGGCAAUAACCAAACGAAUCUCGUAUUUAUCUCUCCGACCAAUUGUUUACUGAAUUAUAAACAAAAAGUAAUUUUAUUUAUAGAUCUGUUUUUAUAGAUUUUGUUUUACACACUAUUUUCACA